GCUGUAUCGGAUAAGUUGAAUACUAAUCUGCCAAAGAAGUCCAGAUAGCUCGAGACGAUGGUUUCCUCGAAAUACAUCAAAAGCGCACUGCUGGUCGCAUUGUUCGCACUGUAUGCCGUGCAUGCAGUACCCGCAGAGGAGAAUUCUGGAAAGCCAGUUGACGUUACCCCGACAGAGACGACUGUUCCUCCCCCCACUCCCACCACGGUGACACCACCAACGGAUCAAAAUACUACGACGCCGGCCACCACCACCACGACGCCCGCAUCUACAACACCGGAUGCUAAUACUACCACCUCAACGACUACCACAACGACGGAAAAACCCACAACCACCUCAUCCACCACCAUCGCCCCCAACACCACCACCACCUCCACCACCACGACUUCAACUACUCCAGCACCUCCGACUCCCGCCCCGAAUACCACCACGACCGAGUCGCCUUCAACGACCACCCCAGCUCCGACCCCGGUACCACACUGCAAACGAUUCGAUGCGUUCUCCUUUAUUGGUGGCAUGGUUCUUGCGUAUGGCUCGCUGGCCAUCUCGCUGGUCCUGUACAAGUUCUACAAAACGCACUGGAAUUCCCCUGCCUCCAACAAUGGCAACUACCGUACGCUCUAAGGUGAUAGGAUAGACAGGCAGUCCCGUGCUACGAGUGGGUAGCCUUAAAUAGUUCGGUUUCCGUGUAUCUACUCCGCCCAGAUGAACUUCUUGCCAGCCUCUGCCACGUGUCGUUCAGUUUACUGCACUGAUACGUCCACUCACGUGGUGUCCUGGUUGGGAAUGCAUUUUUCUUUUUACCUUCGAAUAACUUCAUUUCAUCGUAAUGAUCACCAUUAUUCAAUCAUUAGUAUUAUUGGCAGUACUGGUGCGUGAGCCAUUCCUUUUUUCCCCUUUCGUUGCCAUUACAACUAAGUCCAGUGGGUGAUGCUAUCCCCCCAAGGUUAGGCAAGAAUUAGUGACAAUGCUACACCUGAAGGGACACUUUUUUCAAGCGUCAUAAUGUCGUUCUGUCUCCAGUUAAAAAAGGAUCAAACCAGCUUUUCCCCGUCAUAGUACCAAAGUGCCAGCAGCUGCAAUCAGAAUUUCAGACAUGUCGAUCUGUGAAAUAUGUGUAGGUUGGAUGAAUUCAACAAUGUGUGUGCGAUCGGGAAAAUAUUAUUGGUAUUCUCCAACAUUUUGUGAACCGGAAGAAAAGAAAGUGUUCGACCCGAGUUAGGGCGACGAGAAUUUAGCUAAACUCUUAAACUGAAUUUACAGUUGGUGGAUUGACACAGACCGUGGACACCACGUUUAGCCUGCGUUCCAAUCCAAAUUUUAUACCAAAACAAUCUUCUAUUAUAUUAUCAUAAAAAUGCACUACUUUGAACUCACUUUUACAAACCAUCUUGCACACAAUUUCCCCCCAGCCUGUUUGCUUACUACGAACAUUAAAAAAAAACCAACGAACAGGGAACUCAAACAUGAAAUUCAACGAUAGCAAGCAAGCAAAAAAAAAAGAAGUAAUUGUUCAUGUCUAUUACUGUUUGACCGGGCUAGGAUAUGAUGGACAAUGAAUGUAAGAGCUAAAUUGUUAC